UAUCCUCCAGUUCAACCAGGUUAUGGUCUACCACCAGGCGGUGUAGCCCAACAGCCAGGUUAUGGAGGGCCAUCAUUACAGCAACGGCCAAGAGGACGACAGUCAGUUCAGUGGAUGCCUCCACCGCAAGGACCACCGGGUUGUCCUCCUGGGUUAGAAUAUCUAACCCAAAUUGAUCAGUUGCUCAUUCAUCAACAAGUUGAAAUUUUAGAACUUUUUACAAAUAUCGAAACCGCAAACAAGUACGCUGUCAAAAAUACAUUGGGACAACAAGUUUACUUUGCUGCUGAAGAUAAUGACUGUUGUACACUACAAUGUUGUGGUCCUGCUCGCCCAUUUGAAUUAAGAAUAUUGGACAACUCUCAAAGGGAAGUAAUUCAUUUAAGUAGACCGUACAGAUGUUCUAGCUGUUGCUGCCCAUGUUUCUUACAAGAAUUAACGGUGGAAUCACCACCAGGAAAUACCGUUGGCUUCGUUAAACAAUCGUGGUCACUUUUCACACCCGCAUUCGACAUUACCGAUGCUGCAGGAAACACUGUCUUAACGAUUGAAGGUCCUUGUUGUCCAUGUUCAUGUAUGGGAGAUGUUGAAUUUGAGGUUAAGAGUAAAGAUGGAGCAACAAAAGUAGGAAAAAUUACAAAGCAGUGGUCAGGCCUUUUGAAAGAGGCAUUUACUGAUGCAGAUAACUUCGGAAUAACAUUUCCUAUGGAUCUCGAUGUUAAAGUUAAAGCAACGCUUCUAGGAGCCGUAUUCUUAAUCGAUUUCAUGUAUUUUGAGGAAGCUAAUAAUAAUAACAAA